GUGGUUGGGUUUUAGAGUCAGAGUGCUCUCAGUCUCUCACCAUCAUCUUCAACAUACGAGCAUUAUUCCUGCUUCUAUAAAAUCUACGUUGACCAGACUUUUUUCGGUCUUUCCAGCUUUCGCGGUACUUCAAACCCAAUAAACAGCGCGUAUCUGAUUCGACGUCCACUUUCCUCUCUCUUUUGCUAUCUUCCUCGCUAAGCAAAACAAUUAACCAAAGUUCUUCAUCAAGGAUUAUAAUUUUGGCUGCGAUUUUCUGGUGACUGGGAUAAUUUUGGCAUUUUUUCAUUUGAUAGUUGCUCCGGAUCAUAUAGUUAGUACUUAGUACAGUACUCGGUUCUCGAUUAACAGGGGAAGUUUGAGGAUUAGUCGGAGAGCAUGUUGACUAAUUUGGUCAACACUGUGAUGAUGAGGUUAGGUUCCACCGUAUCGGAUGCCGAUCGCCUCUCCGUUGAUUCCAUAACUUUGUUCGUAACGCUACUCUGCGCAUGCAUUGUCAUUGGUCAUCUUCUAGAAGAAAGUCGGUGGAUUAAUGAGUCCGUUACUGCUCUACUUAUCGGGUUGUUCUCGGGAGGAAUCAUUCUACUGACUAGUAAUGGAAAGAGUUCUCGUAUCCUCGAAUUUAAUGAAGAACUCUUCUUCAUAUACCUUCUACCACCUAUUAUAUUUAACGCUGGGUUCCAGAUGAAAAAGAAGCAGUUUUUCCGAAAUGCUUUCAUCAUUUUGCUGUUUGGCGUCAUUGGUUCACUAAUAUCAUUUUGUAUUAUAUCAUUCGGUGCCAAAGAGUUAUUUGAGAAGAUGGGCAUUGCUUAUUUGGAGCUUCGAGAUUAUCUUGCAAUUGGAGCUAUCUUUUCAGCAACAGAUUCUGUUUGCACCUUGCAGGUGCUCAAUCAGGAUGAAACGCCUUUGCUAUAUAGUUUAGUUUUUGGAGAAGGUGUUGUAAACGAUGCAACAUCGGUGGUACUUUUUAAUGCCAUCCAAAAAGCUGACCUCACUAAUAUCAACUUCAAGGCGGCCUUACAAUUAACAGGCAGUUUUCUUUAUUUGUUUACAGCUAGUACUCUUCUAGGAGUUUUGGUUGGGUUGCUCAGUGCGUACAUAAUCAAAAGGAUAUAUUUUGGCAGGCACUCAACAGAUCGUGAAAUUGCGCUAAUGAUUCUCCUGGCUUAUCUUUCAUAUAUGUUGGCUGAACUACUUGACUUAAGUGGAAUUCUCACUGUGUUCUUCUGUGGGAUUGUUAUGUCACAUUAUACUUGGCACAAUGUGACCACAAAUUCUAAAUUGACAACCAGGCAUGCUUUUGCAACACUAUCAUUUAUUGCUGAAAUUAUCAUCUUCCUAUAUGUUGGUAUGGAUGCUUUAGAUAUGGAGAAAUGGAAACUCAUUAAUGACACACCAGGUAAAUAUGUUGGAGCGAGCGCUGUGUUGCUUGGACUGGUUUUGGUUGGAAGAGCAUGCUUUGUCUUUUUACUGUCCUUCCUAUCUAAUUGUACAAACCAAUCGAAGACUGACCAAAUAAAUGCCAAGCAACAGGUAGUAGUUUGGUGGGCUGGUUUGAUGCGAGGAGCUGUUUCUAUCGCAUUGUCGUAUAAUCAGUUCACAAGGUUUGGCCACACACAGCAGCCAGGGAAUGCUCUCAUGAUCACGAGCACAAUCACCGUCGUCCUCUUCAGUACAGUGGUGUUUGGACUCCUAACCAAGCCUCUUGUGAAGUGCUUGUUGCCUCCAUCACAACAUUUGAGCAGCUCGCUCUCAUCUGACCAAUCUGUUGCGCUCCCACUAUUAAGCUCUUCACAAGUGUUAGACGCUGGAGGUGAGACGGAUAAUGGGAAUAUUUAUCGACGAUCAAGUUUCUGCAUGCUUCUGAGCCAACCUACUAAGACAAUUCACUGCUACUGGAGGAAAUUUGAUGAUUCAUGCAUGCGACCUGUGUUUGGAGGGAGGGGAUUCAUCAUUCCUGAAUCCUGAUGAUCAUGGCUCGCCGUUGCGAGCUAUCGUUCACUAACCACUGUCCGAAGGUAAUAUAACUUGCUAAAAUUACAUUAUUUGUGUUGCUCUAUGAAAGAUAUGUACGUGCCCCAGCACACUACAAGCCGUGGUGGAGCCAGAAAUGCGGUAUUGGGGGAGUGGAUAUCUGCCAUUGGGGCAUCUGCGGAUCUGCCGUCAUGCUCUUCAUCUGUAUAGCAUAUUAUAUGAAUACUAUCAUUGUUCUAUGAUUACUAUGAUAACUAUCCCAGUGCUCGUUUUGUAUAGCAUUGUUGAUCAAUUACAAUAUCAGUAUUGUAUAGCAUAUUCAGUGUACAUGCUAGACAAUGUGUAUUACUACCAGACAAUCAGCACAUAUGACAGUAUGACAUGUAAUCUUGAAUGUAAUAUAAACUAAUAAUGUAUAAAGAAUUAGAGUCGUGUUGAAAGAAAUUAUGUAUUGUGUGCUAUAGUUUAGAUAGAUAGUGUAGUAUAGAUUAUCCUAUGGGUCUAUUGACCCUUCUCUGUAAACCUUAUAUCACCUUAUUUAUAGGGCACAUUGGUAAUGAAGUUAAGCAACCAUUCUCCUCCAACACGUUAACUGUAGCAUUCUAUCUUUCCCAAAACCCUACUAGCACGGUUGUGGUAGCACACAGUCGGCCGCCCCUCAGCCUAGCGGCACACACAUCCGUCCGUCCCUCAAAUCGCAGCCCCACUCAAUAGCUCGCUACUACUCGAUGUUUUCAGUCGCUCACCGCCCCGCCGCAAGGUGCUUGCUCACAGGCGAAGUUUUCCACCUUCUGAAUCGCUUGUUGAAGUUUGCACCCAAUAGAUCAAUCGGCUAAGGUAGACGUCACCUAUUGGAUCUACCAUUGAAGGCUAAAGCCUUCGCUCGUUGCCGUUGGAAGGUCGCUGUCAUUUGUUGCUCGAGAGUCGAGAGUGACAGUGCAGUUGCGUCCUCAACAACUUUGUCAUCACCAACUGAAUCCAAAGAGUUCAGAUGCACAAAAUCAGAUCCGAGAUGAGGCCACCGUGAUCCAAGAUGAAAACCCCGAUUGGGCAGAAUCGAAAACCUCAGGGACCAUAACAAUGACGAAGCAGGCCACGAGCACGAGCAGUACGUGUCAGAGGAAGAUGCGACGCGGGUUCGUGUAAACAUCGAUAUUGUUGGUGAGGUAAUUGCUGGAUGGUGGAUAUGUGAAGGUCGUGCUGGGCUGUGGAUAUUUGUAGGCCGUGCUGACGGGUGGAGAGGGGUAAUCGUUGGUUGAACAGGCAGGGUACCGGUGAUGUUUUUAUGCGAGUUUCAAUGAGGGCUGAAUUUAGAUUCACAGUGCUCAGGUCAAAAUCAGAUUCAGAAACUCCUAUCGUGAGCUUCCGUAAAUUGUGAUCAGAUAACAUAUAGAUCAAUGGUCACCUCCUCUUUACCUUUUGACUUGGAAAUGGAUAUGUUAGAAUCUUCAGUCUGAUAUAGCAAUAAUGACUUUAUUUGCUUAUAUGCAGCAGAUUGUUAAGAAUAUGGCAUUUCUAGGGUGUCUUUUUUUGUUAAACUCCUCGGAUGACUAUGACAAUUGUCAAUAUUACAUUACUUCGGGGGAAAAGUAAAAAAGCUCCCAUCUUCCUGUCUAUUGCAAGUUGUUUUCAGUCUCGAUUUUGCUAGUUUAUUCUAAAUUUGAAUUAAGUUUACCCAAUUGAAAUCAAUCACUGACCAUCUCUUUGUUUGCAUUUGCGAAAUCCUUUUAUAGAAAUUGUUACUGCUUAGUGUAACUUAUGUACACUCUUGAAUAUUGAAUAUGCUAUAAAAGCAUUGGCUAGAUGAUUCUGUUUGUCUUGAGUUACAAGGAUUAUUUGAAAGGAACAUGAAACAUGUUAACAUGUAGCAACAAUUAAAAUGGAUAAUUCUAUUUGGACAAGCUAGUAAAGUCUAUUUGUAAUAAUAACUUUACUAUCAUCAGGAUUUGCAGCAGUUUGUUAAAAAUUGGUUUUGGAACUAUAGUUUAAGCAUUUAUGUUCAGGUUUAAGUGUUGUUCUAGCUACAUGUUAUCUAACCGUUACUGGAUAAUGCCAUGACUUCAACGAGGUCCAUAUAUCUUAUUUAGACGAUGAGUUCAGGGGGGGCAAAAAUUACUUAGCUUGGUAAGGAAACUUUGUCAAAAACCGAAGUUAGCGGUGAGGAUGAGCAUGCUGAUGGGAGAGAUUAGAAUUUUGUAAGAGGAAGAGUGGGGUAAAGUGAGGUCAAGCUUGACAGUACAUGCAGGGCAUGAAAAUGAAGAUGAAGGCAAGAAAAGAAGUUGAGGUAGGCAAAAUCGGAUGGUUGAAGUGUGUUUUGUGAUCAACGGAAUUACUACAUCUUGGUAUAGGAAAAGUAUGCAAAUGGUAGAAGAAAUGUAAUGAUAGUUCUGAAGUACUGAUCUGAUCGUAUAUUGAAUACGUAAGAAGCUUUGGUUUGCCCUGCUUAUAAAAAUGUUGUAUGCGAUGAGAUUGUAAUGAUAGUUCUGAACUUCUUAUCAUAUAUUGAAGAUGUAUUUAUCAUCACAAACUUGUACAUAUUAUAUUUAUUUAUUUUGUUUCUUUGUGUUGCAUGUUGU